UUUAUAAAAUUAUUUAUUAUUUCUAGAUGGAAAUUUAUAUAUUCAUUGCCAGAUAAAGAGAAAACAAAAAAUGAUCCGUGUGAUGCCAGAACUGUAAUAGCUGCUUUAAAAGAAACAAGGAAAAGAUCUUCAAGAGAAAAAGACGGUAGUGAACCAAAAUCUUCAAAACGACAACGUCGUGAUAGUAAUUCUAGUUCUGGUUCUGCAUUUACACCAACAAAUCAACCAUCUGCUGGCUUAACAUCAAUUCCAAAUUCUGAAUUAUCUUCGAAUAUUCAAAAACGUCCUUCUACUCCUGAGUCAGCAAAUCUUUCUAUAAAUAUAAGAAGCAAAAGAACAAAAAAUAACGAAAUUUCCAGUUCAUACAGUUCUAGUAGACGAAUAAUGGAAAAAAUGCAAUUAAACAGUUCCAUUAAUCAGUCUGCUAAACGAAGAGGUUCUUCUCUAGAUCCUGUUACACCAAAUAAGAUAAUUAAAGUGACUGACAAUAGUAAUCAAAAUUCAUCUGGAGAAGUUAUUCAGAAGGUUGAAGAAGGAAAUAAAUCCCAAAUUUCAGAAGAAAAGGCUAAUGAGAAUGUGGAGAAAAUAUCUGAAAGCAAUUCUUCAAUGACCAUUCCAACAACAUUAAAAAAGGGCAUAUCUUAUCGAAGAAAUCUUCCUAUAUAUACCUCUCUUGGAACUCAUAUACAAACUGCACCUAUACCUGCUCAUCUUCCUACAUUAGAAGAACAUAAUAAAGAUAAAAAGAUUGAAGAAAAGCGGUUGGAAUGGUUGUUAUCUGGAGUAAAAGAAGCCUGCAAGAAUAAAGAUUGUACAAAGAAGGAUGAACCAACAGAAAUUGCAACUAAUACUGCUAUCACUACAACUUCAUUUUCUAUUGCAAACACUAUGUUCAGUUCUGUGAUUUCUGUUACUAGCAGUUCCAGUGUACCUACAGUUACAUCAUCUACAGUGGUAACAGAAACAACAAUGGCAAAUAUCAUGCCUAUUUCCACUGUGCCAUCAUUAACAUUUGGAAAAUCUACUGCUUCUAUUGUUACCAGUCCUGAAGUUACUCAAUUACCAGUGUCAUUAAUACAGUCAGAUACUACAUCUUCAGCUGGUUCAUCCUUAUUUUCAUUUCCUACUCCUGUUGUUAAAAAAUCCGAUAAAGAACUAUCUGCUAAAACAGACACAGUUACAAGUUCAUCAGAAUCACCUCAGCAAGUUUCAUUAUCAUCAUCUACUAUUACAACAGCUAGCAUUAGUGUUCCUAUAUCUUCCCCAGGUAUCAAGCCAAAUUUUGAUACCAGUAAUCCAGUAUCUUUUUCAUCAACUAAUAAUACAUCUGUUAAAAAUACAAAUACUGUACCUAACCAAACUUCAACUGCCACAAUAUUCUCUGGCUUGAAUACUUCUAUUUCUCUAACAACUUCCAGUACAUCAGCAACAACAAUGACACCAAGUACUUCAGGUGGCUUAAACUUCAGUUUGCAACCUAUAAAUUUUCAGUUUUCAAGUGAAAGUCGAACACCAUCAACUGCAACAUCUAAUACUACUAUGGCUUCUACAGCAGGUUUUCAGUUCUCACUAACUACAUCGUCAUCACCUGGACUGUCUUCUUUUGUUACGACAUCGUCUUCAGUUUUACCUUCAAGUAAUCAAGAUUAUUCAUCGUUUUGUAUUACCACUAAUUUUAUAACUCAACCAAACACUCUGGUAACAACAACAAUUCCAUUAAUGAAUGCAGUAACUCAAUCAUCUUUUACUUCAGGAAAUGCGAUAAAACCUUUCAGUUUUGGAGCUACAAAUAAUGAAAAUUCAUUUCUUACAAGUAACAUAAAUCAAUUACCUGCUCCAGUUUCAACAACAGGUAACACAAAUGUUUUUGGAACAGCAUUUGGUUCUCCUGCACCAUUAGUUCCUUCUAAUGCAAGUAUUCAAAACAUGGCAGCAACAUCGAAUCAAUCAAUAAACAAUAAUUUAACAUUGUCACAAACUGCAAUUGAUUCACCAAAUAAAACAGUUAAUCUCUUUUCAACUGGUAAUACAUUUAGUUCAAAUGUAAACCCUUUUGGAAUGAAUACUCAAACUCCAGUUUUUGGUCAAAGCCAAACUGCUUUUGGAAAUCCAAAUACAACUGCAAUUGUGACUCCACCUUCUCAGUCACAGAUCCCAAAAUUUGCUUCAAACCAAAGUACUUUUGGCUCUGGUAAUACAUCACAGAGUGCCUUCAUGUUAUCUGGACAAAUGCAACCUUUAUUUGGAGCUACUAAUAAUACUUUCAGUGCCUCAGGUGGUACAUUUGGUAGUCCCGUGUCAACUUUUACUUCAGGGAAUUCCAACAUGAGUGGCUCAACUCCUUUUCAAUUUGGUAGUAACACAAGUGGAUUUAACUUUAAUUUCACGCCAACAACAAAAUAUAAUUUCGGAACCUUGCCGGCUUUUGGAACUCAACCGACACCAUCACCAACUCCAGGACAAGGAGGCACACUUUUUUCAAUCGGUUCUGGUAAAAUGGAACGGAAAAGUAAUUCAUUUCGUAGGAGAACCACAAAAAAGUAAAUGUUAAUGGAGAAAAUAUUUAAAAAAAAUCUCUACAGAAAAUCUUGAAAAUUCAUCUGUUUACUCUUUUAUAAUCCAUUUUCAUUUUUGUUUUCUGUGAUCAAAUUAUUAAAUUACAUUGAUGAACAGGCACUUUUAAAAAUGAUCAUUAUUCAUUUGUCUGAAAUACAACUUAGCAGAAAUUGCCACUUUACAUGUAUUUGUCUUUGUGGUUUUAUAUGAAUUAGUAAGUGAAAACAAUUUCAUUGUUGUCAGUGUGUUGUCAGUAUACAGAUUGAAAUGUUAUAUUAUUAUUUUGUUUUUCAAGCAUAGUCAUAUAUGGAAGGGUAUUAUUUUCUUAAUGUUAUUUAGUAAAAAAAAAAAAAGAAAUAAUUUUGUUGGAUACUGACAUAAUUUCAAAUAAUUUGAAGUUUAUUGUAGGCAAAAUUAAUAUAAAUUUUUAUUAUUAGAUAAUUUUCCUCAUUUUUUCUGAUAAGUUACACGAAUUCAUUGUUGUCAUUCCAUUUUCAAAAUGAGGGAAAUUAAAUCUCUCAAACAGUGGAUCAAAAUCCAGUUAUUUGGAAGUAUGACAUGCUUCGAGCUAGUCAUUUCAAAUAUCGUUCGUUGAACGUGAUUUAAAUGUAAAUUUUGGCAUAAUAAUUUGAUCCGCUGUUUGUUUAUGCUUUAUAUAUGUAUGUAUGGAAGUAUACAUAUAUGUACUUGUAUACAGGAUGAUUAUAAAGUCUGAAACAACUUAAAAUUUAGAUUAUACACAACAUAAGUAGACUGUUUAUCAUUAAAAUUGUUAAAUCAACAUCAGCAAGUAAUUCAGAUGUUAACAUCAGUACACACAAUUUGUAAAAUGGAUGCUUUUGUUCCAUAAAAAAAUUUCGUAUUGUCAUUAAGAAUUUGGCAAUAACUAAUUCAUACAAACUGUCAGGAUCUUGGUUUUCAAUCUCUGAAAUUAAUUUUUAAAUCAACAAAUAUUGUAAGGGAUAAGCAAGUUCAUGUUAGGUUUCAGACUGGAAGCAUCCUGUAUCAUAAUUUAUAUAUAGUUGUGUGUGUAUAAAUGUAUAUAUACACAUAUAUAUAAAUAUACUAGAUAAAUGAUUAAAAGCUUUGCAGUAUUAUCAUCAAGGCCCAAUCGAGUAUGUUUUGGAUUGGCCCACGUCAAAAUAUUUUAUCAAAAUGAAGAAAAGAAA